AUGGACAAUAGUCAAAAAGAACCAAAAGCAAAAAACUAAAGAGACACACUACACUGUCUUUGAAACAGACAAAGUGUGAACAUUAAAUAGAUUUCAACUUGACUUGAAUCACUGUGUGAACUCCUCCUGUCUUUGACAUUGGUCUCUCUUCUGUCUCACCUGAAGCUUAACCCAUUAUCCCUCAACACCGAAUCAGUCAAUGGCACCCCUCCACAAGAAAUCAAAGAAGAAACCCAAACAAGUGAGCCUGGUUGUCCCUGUUGAACCCAAACCCAAUGAAAUUGAUUGGUGGGAAUCUUUCUGGCACAAAAAUUCUACUGCCCCAGGAUACUCAGUACCCAAUGAUGAGGAACAAGGGUUUAAGUAUUUCUUUAGAGUGUCAAAGACUACAUUUGAUUACAUAUGCUCUCUUGUAAGGGAGGAUCUCAUUUCCAGGCCUCCGUCUGGCCUUAUCAAUAUCGAGGGACGGCUUCUUAGUGUUGAGAAGCAGGUUGCUAUUGCUCUUAGAAGGUUAGCAUCGGGUGAAUCUCAGGUCUCGGUUGGAGCUUCUUUUGGAGUUGGCCAGUCGACGGUUUCUCAGGUGACUUGGCGAUUCAUUGAAGCGCUUGAGGAACGUGGUAAACGUCAUCUCAGUUGGCCUGAUUUUGAUAGAUUGCAGGAGAUCAAGUUUGGUUUUGAAGCGGCUUGUGGUUUGCCUAAUUGCUGUGGUGCCAUUGAUGCAACGCAUGUCAUGAUGACACUUCCGGCAGUUCAAACGUCGGAUGAUUGGUGUGAUCAGGAAAAUAAUUACAGUAUGUUGUUACAAGGAAUUGUUGAUCAUGAAAUGAGGUUCAUUGAUAUCGUGACAGGUUUGCCUGGUGGCAUGACGUUUUCGAGAUUACUGAAGUGUUCGUCGUUUUACAAACUCUCGCAAAAUGGAGAGCGUUUGAAUGGAAAUGUAAGAACUUUAGAUGGAGAUGUCAUGAGAGAGUAUGUAGUUGGUGGGUAUAGUUAUCCUCUUCUUCCGUGGCUUAUGACACCUUAUGAAACUAAUGGCAUAUCAGAUUCACAGUUCAGUUUUAAUAACAAACAUGAAGCUGCAAGACUACUUGCAGUGAGGGCGUUUUCGCUGUUGAAGGGAAGUUGGAGAAUCCUUAGUAAGGUUAUGUGGAGACCGGAUAAAAGGAAAUUGCCAAGCAUUAUCUUGACUUGUUGUUUGCUUCAUAAUAUAGUUAUUGAUUGCGGAGACACCAUACGUCUAGAUGUUGCAUUGUCUGGUCAUCAUGAUUCAGGAUACCGAGAACAGUAUUGCAAGCAAGUUGAUCCUUCAGGAAAGACCGUACGAGAAAAUUUGGCCAAACAUUUACAAUAUGGAGUGCAAUUAGAUGCUAAUGGUAGUUCUGCUAGCGCUGUUCAUCGUAUUUAGAAUUUGACUUCUGGCCUCUCGCAUUCUGAUGUUGAACUUAGACAGAAUUUCUUUUCUUUUUUUGGAUGAGUGUUGUGAUUAAGUAAAGCUUCUCUUAUCCCCUUGUUAUUGGUGAAUGUUAAUUAUUGUUAUUAUUUGAAGAAAUGUCAGCAGUAACAUUCCAGCAAAAAUGAAUCCUAAUGUCUUCAUUUGUAUUUCACUUUAUGCGUAACAAAUGACUUUUAAUAGACGAGCGAAAUAAACAGAAUAGAGAAUUGCAAUACACCGUGAUGGUUAAAAUGGUACUACUGGAUAAACAAUAACUGCACAUCUAACCAAUAAGAAAAUAAGACGGAGAGGAUUUUCAGAAAAUGAAAUGGCGAGA